ACGACACCACCGCACCCCCAUCCCAAUUGGCCACUCUGCGCGCCUUACCCAUCCUCGCCGCCAUCACUGCUGCAUCUCCGACCUCAUCGUCACCCACAGCGCGCCCCAGCACCUUCGCGCGGGGAGGUCGCCAGGCCCGGAAGGGCUCCCUACGCACUCCCGCCUUCACUCAUCCUAUAAUCUACCACCCACAAUGUCGCUCGUCAACCUCGCCGCCGUGUGCUCGCACCUCCAGAACGCCUCCAAAGCCCGCCUGGGCCUGACCUCGAUUCCCGUCUCGAAGCUGCACGUCGCGCUGAUGCUGGGCCUACAGAAGCAAGGCUUCAUCUCCAGCGUAACGCUCGGCGGCCCCGCACCGCCUAAACCAGUGCUGCUGCAGAAGCCCCCGAAAUACCGCGGCACCCCCGAAGAGCGAGAGGCAAAAAACCUGGCGGAGCAGCUGCGGGAGGCACGCAAGCUGGAGCGGCGGCAGAAGAAGGGGUAUCUGCUGAAUGCGAGGCAGCUCGAGAAGGUAGCCUGGGGUAGGGCCCCAGAGUGGUCGUAUAAAGAAAUCGUCCCCGCGAACCCUGGACAGCGGCGGCUGUGGGUUGGACUGAAGUACUGGAAGAACGAGCCCGUGUUGAACAAGAUGAACCUAGUCAGCAAGCCGACGAGGCGGAUAUGGGUGAACUCGGACGAUUUAGCGAAGAUCACGAGAGGGCGCGAGUCGGCGUUCGUGAAGGGGUUGACGAGGACGGGGGAGUGCAUGUUUGUGACGACGGAUAAGGGGAUUAUGGAGGCGAGGGAGUGUGUGGAGAGGAAGCUUGGGGGUAUGGUGUUGUGUAGGGUGAUAUAA